UGUUUUUUUAUUGUUUUACCUUCAGUCUUCGUCAGACAUUAAAUGAAGGUAGUAAAUACAGCAGUGUUGACCUUCACCUUAUGUUGACCAAUGUGCAACAUUGUCAAGCCAUUGUCCAGCAACUCAUUGUGUCUGAAACUGAUAUUUUCUUUUCAAAUACACUGUCCAGCUUGUCUGAAAGUUUGUCUGUCCACUCCAGUAUCUUGACCAAGAAAAUUUACCAGAUUGAUGACAAAAAUAUUUCCAAACCAACACUUCAUGACAACUUCAAUGGUCAGUUCACGGCUUCGUGUAGGUCAUCUACAAUUGACUCCAGAACUGACCAUGGGAAUACAGCUGAGUUGGAGGGUCAGCAUGUCAAAGGUCGUCGGAGUAUCAUUGAGUCGACUGUAAUGAUCGCUGGACAAAUUCGUUUUGGAGAUGUCGUUGGUCUAACAGAAGCGAAACGUUCUUUACAGGAUUCAAUAGUCCUGCCUUCCAUUUUCCCGCAUCUGUUUACAGGUGGUAGGAAACCCUGGAGAAGAAUUUUGCUUUAUGGACCACCUGGGACCGGAAAGUCUCGCUUGGCUCAAGCUGUCUCCACCGAGGUCACAGCCACCUUUUACUCAGUGUCCAGUACUGACCUCUUGUCCAGUUGGGUCGGAGAAAGUGAAAAGUUGAUCAAAGAACUUUUUACAGUCGCAGGCUGUCAGUCCAAUCAGUCAGUAAUAUUCAUUGAUGAAAUAGACAGCCUGUGUCGUCAACGUAGUUCUCGAGAAGAUGAAAGCAGUAGGCGGGUCAAGACUGAGCUACUGCUCCAGAUGGGUGGACCUACUGAAGACAAGGUCUUCUUACUGUGUGCUACCAACUGUCCCUGGGAACUGGACACAGCUUUCUUGAGACGGUUUCAGAAGAGAAUCUACAUCCCUUUGCCAGACUUCACGUCUCGCAUAGAGAUAAUGAAGUUGCACUGUAAAGGUAAUAAAGUGAAUAUGACCGAGUCUGACUGGACGCAUCUUUCUUUACUGACGGAGGGUUAUUCUGGCAGUGACCUGUCAACGUUGACCAAUGGUGCUUUGUUUCAACCAAUCCGAGAUAUGCAGACUGCGAAUUACUGGCGGGAAUCACCUGAUGGGCGAUGGGUGCCUUGUGAUGUUAAAAUGGAGAAUGCUGUGUCUAUGCAUAUAAUGGAUCUACCACCAAAUCUGGUUUGUCCACGAGAUGUCCAGUUAGAAGAUUUUGUACAGGCUCUACAGGUUCAUAGACCUACUGUCUCUCAGCAAGAGUUAAACAAGUUUGAUGACUUCACUGCCUCUUAUGGUCAGAGUGGACAGUAAAACAGUUUUAGUCAACCAACGGUCAUUAAAGCUCCUUAAAA